AUGACGGUGCUUGUCUCUAUCAUUGUACUCAUCCAAACUCUUUCUGAAAUUGAACUCUGUCUGCUAUGGAAGAUGCAUGAAUUUGUGAUUCUAAUGACUCUUAUUAAUGGCCUUUCCAAAAUACCUACACAUCAGAAAAAAACAGUGUAUCUCUGUCAGCUUUUGAUAAGAACUGCAAAAGGAAAAAACCUUGAAUGCCAUUUUGAAAAUGAUCAAAGAAUUUCACCUUUGGAAUCUGCCCUGUCUUUCUGGACUUUACUUGAAAGGGAAGAAAUGAAACUGGAAAAGCUUCAUGAAGAUAUUCGCCGCUUGAUUCAAAUUCAGACUGUAGCAGUCCAUAUGGAAAACGGGUAUUUCAAGGAGGCUGCUGAAGUUCUUGAAAGACUACUUACAGACUCUGAAUCAGAUAAGCCUUUAAGGGUGAAGCUGGCAACUGUGAUUAAAAGCAAGGAUCCAUAUGUUCCCCUUCUCCAAAGCUUCAGUUACAAUCUUUUGAUAAGUAAAAUCAAGUCUUACAUUGAACUUUACAUGAAAGAAAAUGAAACUAACUUCUUAAUACAGGCAGCCACAAAACAGGUAGAGUCUAAAGGACUGGGAGCAACAGCAUUGCAAGACGAAACUGUGAAUGUCAAUGAAAAUGACAAAAGGAAUUUGGAAACAGAACAAAGAUCAAUGGGAGAGCAACAGAGUAUUACAGAUCAGUCACCUGGAGAGAUAAAAAAACCCACAGUAAGGCCUCGUUCAAGACGGAAGCGCAGUGUUCUUCAGAGUCUGAACAGCUUGCAAAAUGUGGAAAAACAUGGAGAUGGAGAUUCUUGCCGAAGAAGACAGCGAUGGACUUACAAAGAAGACUUGGAACUGAAAUCAGGAAUAAAGGAGUUUGGAGUGGGUAACUGGGCUAAAAUUCUGGUGCAUGGUGAUUUCAACAACCGAACUAGUGUUAUGUUAAAAGACCGGUGGAGAACACUGUGCAGGAUUGAACAUGGCUAACUUGGACUACCGGAUCAACUCUUCUUGACCCUACAUAAGGACCCAGUCCAGCUUUUCAGAAUAAUCACUUAUUUUAGUCUCAGCGUGUCCAGCAGUGUUGCUGUCCUAAAACAAGAAACAGAAUCGUAAUAAGUGUAAAACAUUAAUGUAAGCUCACUUGCUUGGGUAAUGAUGACUUAAAUGUAAAGCCUGGCCUUUUAUUUACACACAAUAGAUGACCUAAUUUCUGAAAUGUGAAAAUGCUUAAAUCUUGCUUUAAGAAAGGUCAGUAUGCGCAUAGGGGUAUUAAAUGACUGGCAACAUGUUUAGCUUGAUAGAGGUUAAUAGAGAGUCAAGCGUUCUGUAUUUUUGAAGGGUUGUAUCUAGUCAGAUUGAGCUUUUUAUCAUUUUACUUCUUGCCACAUAACCCAUUCUACUUUGAUUUGCUUCACCUUGAAAUUUUUGUCAGACUUGUUAGUAAGCCACACCAAAAAGUACGUAUGUAUUGGUGUUGCUAAUUUACAAAUGGAUUCCUUUUUUGCAGUUAAAAAUGUGAUGGUCCAUGUAAUUUUAUAUUUAUAAGUAGUAAAGGUGCUGGUUUGUUUUUUUUAAAGAAUUAAGCCUAAGUUCUAGGUGGAAAGUUAUUUUGAACUUGCGUAUCUUGACAUAAUAGCACUUUUUAUCUCACAGAAGAGAUGGAAAACAUAUGGAAAGUAACAGUACGAUACUAGCUCUUAACAUCUCUUGAUGUGCCACCUACCUUGGUCUAGAAGAAGCCACUUCUCAAGACAGCAGGAAAGGGAAAGCUCAAAACGAGUGGCCAAAGUGGGGCUCAGUAACAAGCCUGUACUGACACUGGUAGCACAGCUCAUGAGACAUUUUUAAUCUGUGCUCUCUGCUGCCUCUUGUCUGUGGUGACAGCAAGCAAAGAUAUGCUCUGACAGGGCAACUAACAAUCAAGGUGUCAUCUGGUCACUGUAAAUGUCCUGCUUGUGAGAGACUGUAACAGGUGGGUGAUGCUGUGUCUCUUGAUCCAGACUGUGUGGAGGAGAGUUCCACAACCUCAGGAAAUCCAUAAUUCCCACUGUCAUACUGGUGUGAAUCUAGUGACUUAACUAACAUAGCAUUCUUUUAAAAGUGAAAUCUCUUCAAUUCAGAUUUUUCUGUACCUUUGUCCUUGGUAAGGUUUUUAUUUUACAAGAACCUUAAAAGGAAAAGCAUCUGUCCAAACUGGUCAUAACAAAGUAAACUUCUCUGAGAUGUUUUUCCUGGCUACAAAGGAAGAGAUAUAUUCUUGAAGGCUGAAAUAUUCCAGAAGUAUUAAGAUAAUCUCUCCGCUUUCUGGUUUGGAAGCCUGCUUCCAUUAAGAUAAAAUGGUAAAGUACAGUUAUAAAGGUUUGUUUCACGCUCUUACUGCGGACAGUACCUCAGCCGUCACCUUCCUCAUUCUUGCCACCAGACUCUAUGGUUUCUUCUUGCAGCUGCUAGGAACAGCGGCAAGCAGUAGUCUUUAGGUUCCACAGAAAUGCUGCACAUCUUAAUAGUAAAUUUUCUCAACCCUAAGGUAUAAUUUCUUUUUAGCAAACACUGCCAAUUUCAGGAUCCUGAUAAAACAUGGGCUUUGUCCUUCAGCAAGGAAUGCUAGAGCAGCCAUAAGCCAACAAUUUAAAAAGCUGUAGCAGAUACCUGACAAGUGAGAAGGUGCAGUGUGCAGCCUCUUUAAUGCUCUAACGAUAAUUCAAGGUAAGUAAUAGGUAACAAAACAAGGAUUUGAGCUACCAGCAAAGCAGUCUUGCCAGUGCUCUAAUAUUGCAGGUUUCUGUGUUAAUCAUGGUACGUGAGCAAUUUUAACUAGUAAUAAGUAAUUUUUUUUAAUGUUAGCCAAGGCUUUAGUCACAAAGCCUUGUGUAGGUUCAUCUGUCAAAGUUCACACUGUGUGUUAGUGACAUGAAGUUCUGAGCAAGACUGCUUCCAUAACAAUGCUGCCUAGUCAUGCAUCUCUACGAAGGGGCCUGAACAUGAAAACUGCCAUGUAGAGAAGACUUGCCCACUCAUAGUAUAAACAACUGUCUGGAUGAUACCAGGAAGGAAUAAAGGAUCUAAACUGAAAUCUGGUUGUAGCUCUCAAACUUUCAUUUUUAUUCACCUUUGCUAUUUAAUGACAGUAACUAUUCUCAGCCUUGAGUGUUUGGCUGGCUCACUACUGAGUAGGAGCAGUGCCUGUAGACAGGACUGUGGCCAGUGAAGAAUGAGAACUUCAGGAAAAGCAGCUACUACAGCUACAAACAUUAGCUCUUUAAUUAUAAAAGAGAAACAUGGAAAUGUGCUUCUAGUGUUCUAAUACAAAGAUCAGUCAGCAUUUUGUAUUAAGGCAGAGAGAGUUUCCCCAAAUGCUUCUUCCAAAGUUCUGACUCCUUUAAAGUUUGUUUAGGCUCCAGAAAAUGCAGCAGAAAGACGAAGGUUUCUUGGCAUUGGUGUUAAGUUUCUUAAU